GUCGUGGUCUUGGCACAGUUUCUUGCCAUCCUCUCUUCUGAUCGGACUACAGCGAACGAUCUGCGCGCAAUUUUAAAUCGGGAUCCGUUCUGUGGUUUUUUUUUUUUUCUCUUGUUUUGUUAGUCAACGCUUUGCGUACAUGGGAAGUAAUCGCGCGACAGCAGUGACCAUUAAUUAAGCAGUACAUGAAACAACUUUUGUACAAAAGGAACGAAUUAGAGACACACGAUGCAGCUCACAACGUGCUGCCGGUGCUGCUCCCUCAGGACUGGGACCAUAAUAAGCGGAAUAUGUGGAAUAAUUCUUGCUGUGAUCGCCAUAAUAAUCAUGCUGACAACGGAAGUCGAGUGGAAAACUAUCGUGAUUGACUUUCUGCCGCAGUCGGUAGUCAAAAUCAUAUUGGCGAUAAAUUUGUGCAUGACGAUCCUGAUCUCAACGCUGCUGAUCAUCGGAGUGUGCAAGCGAAAUACGUUUUUGAUGCUGCCCUGGGUCGUGUUGGGUAUUAUGCUGGCCGUGUCGCUUUUGAUCAGCGUAAUAUACACGUCGGUGAUGCUCUUUAUGAACGACGACGUACUCAACGGUUCUCUUUGGAUAGUAUUCGGUCUGAUAUCCGUUGUUGUUUACGUCUACAUGUGGCUGGUGGUAUACAGUUUCUUCCAACAAUUGCGUUUCGAGAAGGCCAAUGUGAGAAUCGGGCCGUAUGGAAGGCCGUACAAUUACCGCAAAGCAUAGGACUGCAUACACGGACAGCGAACGAUCGAAGAAAUCGUUGGGGAGCAAAGGAAUCUCGUUCAAAUUGUAAAAUAGUCAUUAUUUGAACAAUUGUUUUACUUCCAAAAAAUUUCACCAAAGCAUCACACAUGACAAAAUAUAGGUACAUACAUCGUCCGAUUCAUUCACUCUCGUCCCAAUGCAAUUCUGCACUAUUAAGUAUAAAUGUGUCCAACACUUAUACUCAGUCUAACCAAAGUAAGGAUAUUUUGCUGGUGUAUAAUAUAAAUACUCAGGUAAAAGUGUGCGAGCUGCGAAGAAUUUUUUUUUUUUAUUUUCAUCAAGUUUCGUUCCAAAUUUUUUUAAGUUCAUUUUCCCCAUGUCAUUGUUACACAUUAGACCUAUACCGAUAUCGCACAUUUUAUACACUCACUUAUCAUCGAUUCAGACCGCACAAGCAUCGAAUGAAUGAACAUGAAUUUAUUAUACACAUAAUAUUAUUAUACUGUUUUCUAACAUUUUUAUUAUUUAAUUGAAUAAAUUAUUGUGUCAUUUUUA